UUUCACCUUCUCGUUAUUUUACCUCUGUAUUGCUUUUUCUUUUGAAGAAACAUGUUCCUUGUCAUACUUUGUUUGGAAGCAAUUUUUGUAGGCAUUGUGUACUUACAUAAAAGGAGAGAGAGAGAGUAGGAGGAUUUUCUGGUUUGGGGUUCGCAUUUCCAUUACCCCUACUAUCCCUCAAACCAAGCCAGUUACCCAGAGCUGGAAAAGCAACACUGGGUAGAACUUUCUCCUUCAAGUUCUGAGUCAGGGCUGCCUCAGACCCCGUCCUGUCAGUUAUCGCCUGUCUUUGGGAUUUGCAGGAGAGGCAUUACCAGGGGCAGCUCUCUAACUUAAUGACAGUCACUGAACGCUCGUACACUUUGGAAAUUUGGGAAUUGGGUCACUUUGGGAUAUUCUGAUAUUUUCCUCCACUUGGGUGUGGACAGAGGAUGGUGAUGAGCUUUCUGGGCACAUGCCCCCCACAACACACACACACACCCCCAGAGAGCCCCAACUUUGCAUACUGCCAGUGUGUUUCCUACAUGGAGCACCCUUGGCAGCUUUCUGAUCCAAACAUUUUCAUAGUAAAUCUCACACAGUAGAGUUGUAGCUUGCUGGGCUCCGUAGGCUCUGCCCCCUGCCCCUGCCCUCCUCCUGCCAUCAGUCUCGCUGACCAGUGUCAACGGUCGGGAGCCAGUGUCCCCUCAGCUGCCUGUGCAGAUGGGGCCAAGAAGAGGUUCGAGUUCACCCUGAGGUGAGUGGGGGAAGGUGCAGUGUCUCCCCCUGUGGGAACAGAGUCUCUUCAGCCUUCCUGAGAUGUUCCAGGUCCUGGCCUUGGUCUGUCCAGUGGGUCCUGGGCUUUUCUACAGAAGCACAGCAAACUCAGAGCAGACUUGGGCAGACGAUGAUAUUUGUAACUAUUUUUGGCAGAAGGGAGAUUAUAGAGGUUCACACAUCUGAGUUUUAACCGCAGCCUUUCGGCAGGCCAUCUCAGAUAACGACAGAACACGAUGGCAUCAGUAACAGUCCCAUGAACUGAUGAGGCUUCCUGUGGGGGAGAGACCAGUGCAGACCUGCCUCUGCUUUGGGCUGGAGGCUUUUCAUUCCGGGCAGGCAGUUGAUUGGGGUGUGUGUGUGGUGGUGUCGAGAGCACGGCCCCCGUGUCAUGGCCUCUCUCCCUCUCCCGCCCCCUGUGAGCAGCCGGGGCAACAUGAGGGCAAACUGACUUUCCACAGAGAAGUCUCCUUUCAUGCUGUCCAUUUGAAGGCACCAAAGGAGCCCUUGUCUCCCCCUCGGAGACUCAGGAUGAGCCCCGCUCACCUCUGAGGCUGAAAGCAGGGCUCCCAUGUGCUACUGAGGUUGCCCUGUGAGGCCUUUCUGUCUCUAACUGUCUAAUGUGCCCAUGAAGGGGAACAAGAAAAAUUCAAAUGACUUGGGAGAUAACACCUCUGCCUGUUUGAACUGUGACUUUUUAGGCAAACAUAAAGGUCCAAAUGUAGUUCCAGGACCUCUCUUUGCAAUUCUAAUUAACCUCAGUGUUGCAAAAGGUAGAUCUACAUUUUGAGUUCAGAAAAUAUGCAAAAACUGUGCUUUUUCUUCCCCUGCAACUCCUCCACCUCAAUUCCAUGAGAAACCCGUCCUGUUAGUUCUAAGAACUAUCUGUGCGUUGUUGCCAGACGCGGCACACUCUGUGUUGUCCCCAGGCAAGGAGGCCCAGUGACUGUGCUGCUGUGGGGGCUGUGCCCUCUCAGUGCCUGGUGUGAGCCGGAUUCCCCAGGAGAGGUGGCGCCCACCCGCCUGGUAACUUCCUCCUCUGCCUCCCAAAUACUCUUUAGUCAUCAAAAUCUUUCAACUCCUGGCCCUGUGCCAACUUGAUCCAGCAGAGUGCCGAUCUGGAAAUGCAGAACAAGUCUGAAGUAGAUCCAAGAGCCCUGGACCAGAACUCCUAAAGCCUGGUUUCUGAGAGUGUAAGAUGAGUUGAGGAGCAUAAGGAGAGCAUCCAGCUGCCCCAGCCAAGGUGCCAGCAGCUUCGACGUGGAGCAAACUCGAGAAACACAGAUUCAGAGAAAGUGAUUUCCACAGGGAGCCAAACUAAUUAGGUUGGGGGCGGUGAGCUGUGGGGUGGGACCCUGAGCCCAGCCCCCAGAAAGCAGGAUGGUGAUAGAAAUCUUGAUGCCACCAUCAUCACCCCCGUGAUGAAACACUCCCGUGACGAAGCACUCCCAGCCCACUGGGCUGGCCCUUCCCGUUGUGAAGUGUUUUGAGAGUUUGCUUUGUGUCACGUAUUGUGCUUUGCGCUGGACAGAGCAUUAUCGCAUUUAAUCCUUGCAGCCUAUGAAAUAGAUACUUUUAUUCUUAUUUCACAGAGAAGCAAAGUGGGGUUUAGAGAGGUCAGACUAUUGGUUGGAGGUUCCGGACCCAAUAGUGCUGAAACUGGGAUUCAGACCUAAUCCAAAGACUAGAUGUUUCCCCUCCAUAUAUUGUCUGCUGUUCAUUCAUCUGAGCACGCAGUCUUUGGGAAGUUCUCUCUCUUUUGUUUUUCACUUUUUUAAAAAAAUGAAGUUUAGCUGAUUUAUAAUGUUUUGUUAAUUUCUGCUGCAUAGCAAAGUUAUUCAGAGGUAUAUAUACAUAUAUGUAUAUAUGUUUAUAUUCUUUUCCAUUAUGGUUUAUCACAGGCUACUGAAUAAAUUUCCCUGUGUUAUACAACGGGACCUUGUUGUUUAUCUGUUCUCUGAAUAAUGGUUUGCAUCUGCUAACCCCAAAUGCCCAGUCCAUCCAUCCCCCACGCCCGAGGAAGUCCUCUCUUAUGCUGAACUGAAAUGUGUUGUCCUAUAUUUUCUAUCCACGUGUCUGUGUCUGUUCUUUGGAAAAGCUUAGACUGUGUCUGCUGCUUCUAUGUUUACAAAAUCAGCUGUAACACUCGUCCUUCCACAUGUCAUCUCUCGUAUGACUUGGUUUCCAGAGUUCCUUGUCACUGGGUUCCCCCCCGCUCCGACCAGCUUGCCAUGUUCUUUCUAAGAUGCAGAUCGGCGUUUCCAUGCAGGAAAUUUCCUGGGAUCCAGACACCCAUUCUGUCAAAGUACUCAACGUGCGAGCUAUUUUUUUCUAUCACACCGCUGGCUCAUACUAACUUUGUGGUUAAGGAAAAUCUCAAGACCUUUAUAUGUGGUCUUGAGAAAGUUGUUUAUCUUUUCUGACCCUCAGUUUCCUCAGUGGACAAGUGGAGUUUCUAAUACCUUCCACAAGUGGUGGUUGCAGGUCUUGCCUGAGAUAAUAACAUAGAGCAGCGAGCAGAGCCCAGCGUGUGGCGGGUUCUUGGUAAAGAUUCAAAGCCUUCUCUCUCCGUGUGUCUGUCUCUCUGGUUUGGCCUGAUGGCAGCCGCCAGCCAUGAGAAGUGUGUGGAUGGCCUUUGCAUGAAGUGUCUGUAACAUGGUUGAGGCUAAUAGGAGUUGGUGUCAGUCUUUGGAGACAAAGGUGACCCAACUCUUCCAAGUUUAGCUUAGAAGGAAGAAGAGGUAGAUGCUUAUGGGAUAGUGGACUGAGGCCUGCUUGUUUUUGUUUUGUUUUGUUUUUUGCUUUUUUAAUAUUUUUUUUAUUUUUAAAAAUUUUUAUUGGGAGUUCUCAUCAUGGCUCAGCGGAAAUGAACCCAACUAGUAACCAUGAGGACGUGGGUUUGAUCCUUGGACCCACUCAUGGGUUAAGGAUCCAGUGUUGCCAUGAGCUGUGGUAUAGAUCAAAGAGUUGGCUUGGGAUCUGGUGUUCCUGUGGCUGUGGCAUAGGCGGGCAGCUGUAGCUCCAAUUCGACCCCUAGCCUGGGAACUUCCAUAUACUGCACCUAUGGUCCUAAAAUAAAUAAAUAAAUAAAUAAAUAAUUUUUGGAGUAUAGCUGACAUACAAAGUUCUAUAAAUUUCAAGCUUACAGCAAAGGCAAUCAGCUAUGCAUAUCCAUAUAUGCUUCCCUUUUCAGAUGCUUUUCCCUUAUAGGUCAUUGCAGACUCUCAGGUAGAUUUGCCUGUGCUGCAGAGUAGGUCCUGUUACUUACCCAUUUCAUAGAAACUUGUGUAUACAUGUUCACCCAAACCUCUUAACUCAUCCUUGCCCCCAGCGUUUCCCCUUGGGUAACCAUAAGUUUGGUUCUGACAGGGAGAAGAGGAUGGGGUGCCUUUGAUCUUUUUCAGCUCCCCGAAGUCCUCUUCUCCGAAUAGAGUCAGCCUGUGUAGGGCUCACCCAUGGGACUUCGGUGAACCGUAAAUAUGCCUUUCAAGGCUCUAACCCCAAAGACAGUCCCCUGGGCUGUUUGGGCUCCAACAGAUGAAUGUUUGUUUUGUUUUGAGGGUAGGAAAUAGCUGAGUGUGUUUCUAGGGUAAAGAGAAGGAAAAAAACAGGGACAGAGGUUCAGGAAACCCAGCAAACACUGAUGUACACAGAUCCGAGAGAGUGGCGGAAAGGGGGUCAAGGUUGUAGGUGAGGCUAAGGCUUGGAGAAGAGGAAGGGGUUUGUUCUCUGGGCAAGGGGAGGAAGAAGAGGCAGAUUUGGAGAAGCACAGUCACACUGUGCAGCUGGUUGCGGAAAUAACCUUGGACUUUCUUCAUACCGGCUCUGUUGACAUGCUCAGAGGCUGGGGGUGUCACCUGGUGUUCCGGAAAGACGAUGACCAGAAUGUCCACUGUCUUCCAUGCAUUCUUUGCCCACAAGGUGGAGCACGAAAGCAAGACCCAUAAUGGGCGGAGCUUCCAGAGGACGGGGACACCUGCCUUUGAGCGGGUCUACACUGCCAACCAGAACUGUGUCGAUGCAUACCCCACCUUCCUCGUGGUGCUCUGGAGCGCAGGUCUCUUCUGUAGCCAAGUUCCUGCCGCCUUUGCUGGACUGAUGUACCUGUUUGUGAGACAGAAGUACUUCGUCGGCUAUCUGGGAGAGAGGACCCAGAGCACGCCGGGCUACAUAUUUGGGAAACGCAUCAUCCUGUUCCUGUUCCUCAUGUCCCUUGCUGGGAUAUUCAACUACUUCCUCAUCCUCUUUUUCGGAAGUGACUUUGAAAACUACAUCAAGACGAUCACCACCACCGUCUCCCCUCUCCUUCUCAUCCCCUAACUGGCUGCUGAAUUCCGGGUGGGUGGGCUCCGCUGAUCAAUAUCCAGAAGCCGUCAUAACUCAGCCCAUUCAAAGAUGCAGCUCCUCUUUAGUCGGCUGUAAAUCCAGUGACCCUCUGGGCUCUGCAGCUUGAGUUAACCUUUCUUUUCCUGGAAGAGAAUAUCUGCAUGGCAGCUCUGCCCCUUGCACAUGCAGUGGCUCUGGCUUUGCUAUUCAGAUGCUUUCCGUGUGUUUCUUGACUUGUCCUGCUUUCUGAAGAUGUUUUGUGACCAGAUUUAUGUUUUCCUAAAAUAAAAUGCACAGACAUGUUCUA